AUAUCGGGCAAUGGUGGAUUCGGGCUGCAAACAGUCCAUGGUCCACCAAAACCUGGUUCGACCCGGGGCGUUGAAGCGGGCGACACGGGUGAAAAUUAGGUGUAUUCAUGGGGAUGUGCACGAGUACCCUAUUGUGCCAGUGCAAAUUUUAUAUGAGGGACAAAAGCAUAAAGUCAAGGUUGCCGUAAGCGCGCACCUUACGCACCCCGUAAUUUUAGGGACAAAUUGGCCGGGAUUUAACCAUUUGGUGACACAAUGUAUGGGGGUGCGUUCACGGGCAGUCGGCGAGGGGGCUGUCCGCGCGGUUUUCAGCGGCGACGCGGCUUCAUCGGGUACUGCCGAGCGGGAACCGGUGGGGGCUUCGCGGGAGGCCCCCCGGCCCCCCGGUGGCAACCUACUGAGGACUUUCCCCUCGAGCAGUCCCGUGAUGAAACCUUGCGCGAGGCCUGGUACCAGGUGGAUUACAUUGACGGUCAGCUGGUGCACCCGGGGAAAGCGCGGGUAUUCCCCCAUUUUUCAAUUAUUCGGGAUAGAUUAUACCGAGUGAGCCGUGACACUCAAACCGGGGAGAACGCACCCAGUUGUUGGUGCCAAAACGCCGCCGGGAAAUGGUUUUCCAGGCGGCGCAUUUUAAUCCCAUGUCUGGCCAUUUAGGGUAUGAUAAAACACUUAAUCGGGUCAUGGUCCGUUUCUAUUGGCCAGGCCUCCGGGCAGAUGUGCGCCGUUGGUGCGCUGCUUGCCCGGACUGCAAGCUGGUGAACCCAGCGGCCACCCCAAAGGCGCCCUUGCACCCAUUACCGCUCAUGGAGGUCCCGUUCGGGAUGGACCUCAUCGGACCAUUUCACCCGAGCACACGGGGAUACCGCUUUGUGUUAGUCCUGGUGGAUUACGCAACGCGUUAUCCCGAAGCAGUGCCCUUGCGCUCUAUCUCGGCCAAGAGUGUUGCGCAAGCGCUGUUUCAGGUCAUCUCCCGAGUUGGAAUCCCGAAAGAGAUUCUGACUGGCCAGGGCACGUCCUUUAUGUCACGCACGAUAAAGGAGCUUUACGGGUUACUGGGAAUUAAAGCGAUCCGCACCAGCGUGUACCAUCCGCAAACGGAUGGGCUGGUGGAGAGAUUAAACAAAACGCUGAAAACCAUGAUCCGUAAAUUUAUGCACGAGGAAAAACAGAAUUGGGAUAAAUGGUUGGACCCCCUAAUGUUUGCGAUGCGGGAGGUACCUCAGGCCUCAGUUGGUUUUGCACCGUUCGAGUUAUUGUACGGCCGGAGGCCUCACGGAGUGCUGGACGUCAUUAAAGAAAGCUGGGAGGAGGGUCCAAGCUCCAGCAAAAAUGAAAUUCAGUACGUCAUGGACAUGCGAGCAAAACUCCACAAGGUGGGGCACUUGUCACGUGAGAAUUUGCUCCGUGCCCAAGAGCGUCAGCGGCGCACGUAUAACAGGGGGACCCAACUACGCAAAUUCACACCGGGAGAAAAAGUACUUGUAUUGCUUCCAACCUCAAGCUCCAAAUUACAUGCAAAGUGGCAGGGACCCUUUGAGGUCACACGGCAAGUGGGUGAUGUCGAUUACGAGGUUCGGCGCUCGGACCGACGCGGAGACACUCAGAUCUAUCAUCUGAACCUGCUGAAGGCAGCUCUGCCUCUUUCCAUGGUGACAGUGGUGAAGGAGGAGGAGGAGUUGGGGCCGGAGAUCCCGCGCUCUGGCCCGGCCCCUCAGUUGUCCUGUGAUGACCAGCUCACAUUGGCGCAGAGAGCGGAGGUUGCUGAGUUACAGCGGCGCUACUCGGAUGUGUUCUCCUCGCGGCCCGGGCGCACGGUAGUCAUCCGACAUCAUAUUGAGACCAGCCCGGGGGUUACGGUGCGGUCUCUGCCAUAUCGGCUUCCCGAACACAAGCGCAAAGUGGUUCGGGAGGAAUUAAAAACCAUGCUUGAGUUGGGGGUAAUAGAAGAAUCCCACAGCGCGUGGUGCAGUCCCGUUGUUCUGGUUGGGAAGAAGGAUGGGACUGUGCGGUUCUGUGUGGAUUACCGCAGGGUGAAUGAAAUGUCACGUUUUGACGCGUACCCAAUGCCUCGGGUCGACGAGCUCCUAGAUCGGCUGGGCACUGCUCGUUUUUUCACGACACUGGAUUUGACCAAGGGCUACUGGCAGAUUCCCUUGUCACCAGAGUCCCGAGAAAAAACGGCUUUCUCCACUCCGGAAGGUGACCAUCGAGCAGAGCUUAAACGCAUACUCUCUUGGCCUGGGCGUGGGACUUCUUCUGCCCGUCUACAUCAACUGUGGGAUGAUCUUGAAAAGGAGGAUGUCUUGACUCCCACAGAAAGAGGAGAGAUAUUGAAAAAUCCUACACGUGAAACAAUUCUUAGGUCUCUGAUUGAUCUCGUCGUACAGAAAAGUCAAGAAGCCACCAGGAAGAUGCUGCUUUUCUUAAGGCUGAGAGAUCCUAAAUUUGAAGAAACUAUUGGGGACCACCGAGCAGAGAUUCUACACAUGAAGUCUAGGAUCGUGUCUGAUGUGUCUUCCUCGGUUCUACGUCAACUGUUGAAUGACCUUGUAAAGGAGAAUGUCUUGAUUCCCAUUGAGGCAGAAGAGAUAACAAAGAAUCCUGACCACAGAGAAAGUGCUCGGUCUCUGAUGAAUCUGUUCCUACAGAAAGGUCAAGAGGCAAGCAGGAAGAUGCUGCUUUUCUUAAAGCUGAGAGAUCCAAGAUUUGAUGACAAUUGGUGUGACCAUCAAGCAAAGUUUAGAUACAUACAACGUAGUAGGAUUUCUUUCUAUGGUCUACAUCAACUGUUGAGUUAUCUUGAAAAGGAGGAUGUCUUGACUCCCACAGAAAGAGAAGAGAUAAGUAAAAAUCCUACAUGUGAAACAAUUCUUAGGUCUCUGUUUGAACUCCUUGUAGAGAAAAGUGAAGAAGCCAGCAGGAAGAUGCUGCUUUUCUUAGAGCUGAGAAAUCCUGAAUUAGAAGAAAAUAAUGACCCCGAAAACGAUGAUCUACACAUGAGGUAUUGGUUCGAGUCUGAUCUGUCUCCCUCGGUUCCGCGGCAACUGUUGGAUGACCUUGUAAAGGAGAAUGUCUUGAGUCCCAUUGAGGCAGAAGAGAUAUCAAAGAAUCCUGACCACAGAGAAAGUGCUCAGUCUCUGAUGAAUUUGGUCCUACAGAAAGGUCAAGAGGCAAGCAGGAAGAUGCUGCUUCUCGUAAAGCUGAGAGAUCCACGUCAUCAUAGGAUUUGUGAUAAUUCGAUGAAGCCCAACUGGGGCAUGUCCAGUGGUUCCAGUGGAACAUGGAAGAUGGACAUGGAGCCAUCAGCGACUGGUCACAGAGCAAAAACAAGAUUUGAGCAGGCAGAGCGGCUCACUGGAAGCACAACACUUACUGAAGAUGAAUGGACUAUGCUUGAACCAAUAGUGAGCCAUCUUGAUGGUCCUUGGUACAGGAACGUGGAGCCAUCAGCGACUGGUCACAGCGAAAAAACAAAAUUUGAGCAGGCAGAGCGACUCACUGGAAGCACAACACUUACUGAAGAUGAAUGGACUAUGCUUGAACCACUAGUGAGCCAUCUUGAUGGUCCUUGGUACAGCUUCCAGUGUGGACCAGGUAAAUUUGAAUGCAGUUUGUCGAGCCUGCGCUGGAUUUGUACGGACACAAUGAGCUUCAAGUACCGCUUUGAGCCUUGGUGGGAACACAAGGACAAACUGGAGGCCAUGCAGUACAUAGCCGGAGGCCCCCUACUGGACAUCUCAGUGGAUGAGGGACAGUUUGAUGACGUGUAUCUGCCACAUUGGAUCUGCACAGCUGCUAAUCCUUCCCUUUUGGAGCACUUUGCAGUUCUGCGUGUGGAUGAUGAUGGAUAUAUUGUAGAAGAAGUCUCAGAGGUCACAUCAUCACACGUCAGGCUACCGCACCCAAUUUUCUCUGUAAAAGGUGUGAUCAUCAGGUUUUCGCGCUUGCUCGGAAUUUCGUUGCCCAUGAAGUGCAAGGUGUUGAUAUAUAAGACCACAAAAACCUUCCUGACGCUGCAUGUUCAUGUGAUCCUGUGCGACCCCGCUCUUGAAAAGGAACUGGACAAGGAGACUUACGUGAAGAUUGAGAAAUCUCACCUCGAGGAACCCAUGAAACUGGAUGAGCAAUUCUCCCUCAAAGCCGAUGUUGACAGUGCAGAAAUAUACCCACCUAAAUUAAGGCUCAAACACGAGAGUGACCCAAAUUUCUUUGAGGUGUACGUCAAGAGCCCGGGGAGUGAAUUCACUCUCAUGCUUGAAAGUGCAGUUGGAGAAGUGUGGAGAUGUAAGAUUCGACAGAAUGACUACCAAAAUGCAACACCUAUUGGGUCUGAUUGUGUUCAGGUGCUGUUGAGAGUAAGGGGAGAGUUUGUGAAGCGGAUCAGCGAGGAAGUAAUGUACCAGUUGUUGGAUGACCUUCUGGGUAAUGGGGACCUGAACGAUGGUGAGAAAGACGCAAUCAUACAGAAAUCCCCGAUUUGUGCGGGGAAGGUGCGUGAACUGAUUGACAGUGUGAGAAGGAAAGGAGAAGCGACUUCCAGGAACAUGAUCGUUUACCUUCAGCGGAGGGACCUGACACUUCACACUGAGCUGGGGCUACCUGUUUUGGAAUGAUGUUGGCCAAAGUAAAACAUAAAAAAUAAAUCUGCUAAGAUAGGCUCCAGCUUACCCCCGCAACCUUAAUAAGGAUAAUCGUUGGGGACGGCGUGGCGAAGUUCUACCAUCCUAGUCACGCCUGUUGUGUCCUUGAGCAAGACACUUCACCCUUGCUCCUGAUGGGUGCUGGUUAGCGCCUUGCAUGGCAGCUCCCGCCAUCAGUGUGUGAGUGUGUGUGCGAAUGGGUGAAUGUGGAAAUAGUGUCGAAGCGCUUUGAGUUCCUUAAAAAAGGUAGAAAAUCGCUAUACAAGUACAACACAUUUACAUUUACAUUUACAUUGUCAAAAAUGGAUGGAUGUACAAGUUUGUUCUGCUAAUUUUUCUUAGCCUGUCAAUGAGCUGGGUCAUUGUGCAUUAGCUUUAAGCUAGCGACCUUAGAGCCAACCUUCAUCCUGUAUAAUUGUAUUGCUUUUUGAUUUUUAUUCCAAACUGUAUUCUUAAUUAUACGUGAUUAUUACAUGUAUGUGCACUUCAUGUGUAUAUUGAUGUACUUUCCUUUGUGUGCUUAGUUUUACAGUGACUACUUUACGGAGAAUAUCAAUUGUCAUUUGUAGAAAAAGGACUAUUAACUAAGGGUGCACAAAUAAAAACAAAAACAUUCACGUCCGAAACACGAUUCUUAUUCAUUCUGAUUCUAAAUCACUUCAUAUUCUUAAAAAAAUGAUUAAUAAAAACAAAACAUCUAUUUGCUUUUUAUAAGAAUCACCUUUUAAAAAUACGUUUUCAGGCCACCUUCAUGCAACCAGAAGCAGCUUUUCUAACCUGUAACCUGUUUUUUUGAGUUUGAGUUUGAGUUUGAGUUUAUUUCGAACAUGCAAGCAUACAACAGGAUACAUCACAAUUUCCAGUUUCUCUUUUCAACAUGUUCGAAAAGGAGUAGGAAGAAGCAGAGCUUAUUUAAUCCUACCCCUUUUCUUUACAUAACAAUUGCUGAAACUUUUUUAUUCACUUCCUGUUCUCAAUUUAUUCACAAUAAACUCCAUAGGUAAUCACAAUAAAAAAUAAAUAAAUAAAUAAUAGCAAGAAUUUAAUAAUAAUAAUUGGUGAAGAAAGUCAUAUUUCAUAUGAUGAGAUAAGUAAGAUUACUUUAAGAAUGAAUGAAUGGAUGGAUGAAAUAAAUUGAGAAUGUUUGUCAUGGUUCUUCUUUGUACUUUGUAAACACUUUAAGUUUGAAGAGUUUCUUGAAGUGGAUCAUAUUAGUACAUUGUUUGAUUGCUUUGCUUAAUCCAUUCCAUAAUUUAAUUCCACAUAUUGAUAUACUGAAGGUCUUAAGUGUUGUACGUGCGUACAAAUGUUUUAAAUUACGUUUUUCUCUAAGAUUAUAUUUCUCCUCUUUUGUUGAGAAGAAUUGUUGUAUAUUCUUGGGUAGCAGGUUAUAGUUUGCUUUGUGCAUAAUUUUAGCUGUUUGCAAAUUCACUAUGUCGUGGAAUUUCAGUAUCUUUGAUUCAAUAAAUAAAGGAUUUGUAUGUUCUCUAUAUCCAACAUUAUGUAUUAUUCUAACUGAUCUUUUUUGUAACACCGUUAAUGAAUGAAGUGUACUUUUGUAAUUAUUUCCCCAUAUUUCUACACAGUAGCUCAGAUAUGGUAACACUAGUGAGCAGUAUAGAAUAUGAAGUGAUUUUUUGUCUAGAACAUGUUUUGCUUUAUUCAUUAUUGACGUGUUUCUUGCUACUUUAUGUUGUAUAUUUUUUACGUGAGAUUUCCAGUUCAAUUUAUCAUCAAUCAUUAUACCUAGAAAUUUGGUUUCAUUUACUCUUUCAAUUUCUAUUCCGUCUAUUUGUAUUUGUGUUUGACUUUCUCUUCUACUAUUACCAAAUAGCAUUAUUUUAGUUUUACUAAGAUUCAACGAUAGUCUGUUUUUGUCAAACCAUCUUUUUAAUUUGUUAAUUUCUUCUGUUAUUAUUUGUAUUAUCUCCUGUGUGUUCUCUCCUGAACAAAACGCUGUUGUAUCAUCCGCAAAUAAUACUAACUUUAAAUCUUUUGUAACUUUACAAAUGUCAUUUAUAUAGAGAUUGAAUAAUUUAGGUCCUAAUAUUGAUCCCUGAGGUACACCACAGGAUAUAUUUAGCGUUGUAGACAUGUGUUCGCCUAGCUUCACGUAUUGUUUCCUGUUCGUUAGAUAACUUCUUAUCCAGUUUAAGACUAACCCUCUGAUGCCAUAUCGUUCUAGUUUUUUGAUUAAAAUAUUGUGAUUAAUUGUAUCAAAUGCUUUAGUUAGAUCCAUAAAAACUGCUGCUGUACAUUUUUUACUGUCUAUUGCAUUGGUAAUUUCUUCUGUAAUUUCAAUUAAAGCCAUUGAA